AUGACGAAGAUUCUGCUAGCCUUAUUUAUUACAUCUCUAAUAAAUAAUAUAUUCUGCGAAGAAUCCAAUACCAGAACAGAAACGCAAAGCGAUAAAAUCGAAGAAGAAGAACUCGUAGAAUCCGAAACAAAAGACGGCAAAUUAGAAAUUAUUAAACGAAUUAAAAAAGUCAAUCCCGAUGGUUCCUAUACUAUAGGAUACGAGGCUGAUGACGGCUCAUUUAAAAUCGAAAGUAGAGACGUGCUUGGUAAUAUUAAAGGUACAUACGGAUUUCUUGACGAUGGAGGUGAAAUCAAAAGGGUUUCGUAUAGUUCUAGCAAUGCAACUGAUGUAUUCACUAAGCAUGAACCUGUUUCCACUCCAGAGUUUCCCAAUCAUCAAAACGUAGUACAAAGAAUAGCGAAAAAUGAAAAAUUUGUUUCAACCACAAACAAAUCAUUAACUCCUUCUUCUACAACAUUAAGCACUCCCACAACGACUCCAUUAAGUGUCAUCCAAAGCAUUGCAAGAAGAAGAGCUAGUAGUACCACAAUAAAACCCAGUUACAGCACCAUCGAAACCAUUAGAACCACUGCUAAGCCAAAUACAGUAACAUACGCAUCAGCCUCACCCAGAGUAUUACUUCAAAGGCCGUCAAUAGCUUUAACAAAAUCAGAAGGACAAAUAAAUCGUCCUGAUGUUCACGAAAAACCAACUGAAAUUCCAGUGUUCAGAAUAAAAAAUCUCGUAGAAGAUAAACCCGUAACUGAAGAACGUAAUGAAAUAAGAUCUAAUAUUUUACGAAGACAAUUACCAAAAGAAGGCCGUGAGCAAUCAACAUUCAAUGCCGAAGAACACAUUUAUAGCUUACAACAAUCACUAGGUCACAAUGAUGUGUCAGAUAUUUACAAUAGUGGAGCAACUUCGCGUCCACUAUUCACAACUACAAGAUCUAACAGAGUAUCUCCAUUUAUACAAAGUACGACAGCAGCUCCUAUUGCAGUACCAAAGCCUACAACAAAAUAUGUUGCUCAUUACCAAAGAAAUCAAUUACAGGAAGUAGAAUCUAAUACCGCUACCUACACUCAACCGCUCCAAGAAGCGACUAGUACUGAACCUGCUAGCAUAUCAACAAAUGUGCCUGUGGUUCAAAUACCUGCAAAUAGGCCAGUUACACCAGAACCUCUUGUGGCUGUACGUCACCCGUUUCAGCCAGGAGCAAUUUUAGUACCAUUAAGUCAACUACAAAAUAGAAUUUUGCCUGUCGAUAACAUGCAGGACGUUUAUAAUGCUAGAAGGCAAUAUGCAUUCCAGCAACAACCUCCUCAGUUGACUACUAGAGCUCCUCUAGUGGAAGUUGAAAGGCAAAAUGUAAAAACUAUAAAUCAGCCACCUUUAAGACCAAUUCCUGUACAUGUGGACGGAAAUGGAUUUAUAAGAGAAAUGUCUGCACAUGCUCCUACUCCUUAUUCAAUUUCCUAUAGAGUUGCUCCAGAGCCAGUAAGACAACCAGUGAACAAUGAGGUUGAUAAUGAAAUUGAAAAUAUAGAGCCUCCUGUAAGUACUAAAGACUUUCAGAUUCUGUUGAACCAUUUAAUUAUUCGUCAAAAAAGGCUGGAAAGGAUAAGUGCACUAACAAAUCCAAAAUUGCAUCCCGAAUUUUAUCAACAACAACAACCGGUAAGGUAUCAGAGGUUAGUACCAGCUACACAACCAUAUUUUGUUCAAAGAGUUUUGCCCCAAAACUAUGAACAACAAAACCAAGAGCCACGUGGCUCUACGCGACAAUAUGUUGCUGUACGACCUCAAGAAGUUGAGGCUAGCAAUUCAAAAUAUAGAUAUCAAUAUAGGCAAAUUGAUGAAGAGAAUGAGGAUCCUAAACGUGUGGCAACAACGUACGAAAGGCAACCAGUGUAUCUGACCAAUAGAAGACGUUCUAGGUUGGUGCCUAGUAGACCUACACGACAGAAUCAGCUGGUAGAUCCAGUCUAUCAACAAGAUGAACCACAAUCUGAAGAAUAUCUGCCUCCAGACGUACGUGAAAUGCUACUGCUUCGGAUGUUACAAUUAGCAAUGAAUCCAUCCUUGCCAUUAGAUGAAGAAGAUGAAUCUCAACCAGCCGCUACAGCAUCCACGCCCCAAUACAAAAAAGCGCCUGUAAGAAAUGUAGAGAUACUUGGUGAAGAGGAUGGUGAUGAUAGAAACAGAAGGCCUGUAGCUAGAAGUAAAAGGUAUAAGGAUAAAGAUGAAGUUAUGGAUUAUAUGGAGUAAGAAUAAAUAAUUGCAAAUGUGUAAUAAAUUUCGUUUGGGAGGCAAUGCAAAAAUGUUGUAUAUAUUUUUUUCAAAGUAGGUAAUAUAGUUUAGGAAGUGAACGCUUGAAAAUCAAGUUUGAUUGUAUUUGUUUUGUGGACGGUAAAAAACGAUUUUUGUAUUGUAUGUGCAAACGUCUACUCAUAUUUCUGCUUAAUCAGGAACUUAAUGAAGUGGUCAAUUUCUAAAGCUGUAUAAGCGUUUUUAGUUAUUUUGAGGAAAUUCUAUUGAGAGACCUUCCUCUUAUACUCUCCAUGUUCGUAACAAACUUUAUUACUUGACUGUCAAUGAAGCAGAAAUAUCUGCACAUAAUUUAUUGAGUGCUUAAAAUAAUCAGCAAAUUUAAAUGAAAUAUCCUUAGAGCUGAUGAAUUACUCUGUUUUUCAAUCGAAACCCAAAAAGCAGAACCGUUAUGCGUUGAAAUUGAGUAGAUGUAAACCAAUAUAACAUAUCAAAGUACAUAUUUUAUUGAAAAUCAAUAAAUUCAAUCAAUGAACCAAAUUAUAAAAUAAAUACUUAUUGCAUAAAUGGACAUGCCAAGUAGGUAACUUUUUGGCCGAUACAAGUGAAAAUGAUUAUUUUGAGUUAUUUUUGAAAAUUAAAUUCAUAGAUAUUUAGUAUUUAGGUAUUUAUAUAUAUUUUUAAAGAUUUUGUAUUUUUAUAGAAAAUUUCGAAAAAUUAUUAAAAUGUUGGUGUAUUCUCGAUUUUAUUUUAUUUGUUGAAUAUGUAUUUUUAGGGAAUUUCCAAUUCUUUGUAAACAAGGACAAAGUUCUCAAAUAUUAAUGUGAAAAAUCUAGUUACAUACAACUAUAAUUUUAUUCUAGUUUUAAAUAAUGUGUACCUAUAUAAGUUGUUGCAUAAAGUUACCAAAGACAUGAAUAGAAUCUGUGAGAAUAGUUUUAACUGUUGUCGCUCUGAAUUUAUGAAAUAAAAC